AUGCGAGAAGCGCGGUAUCAGAAUUUGUGGGAUUUGAUCGUGAAUAACGACGAUAUAAGUUUUAAACAUAUCAUUUCGAGAUUGGAUUCGAAUGAUCUCAAAUUCUUGUACGGAGUGAAUACAGAGACGAGAAAGUUGAUUAAGAGAUCAUCUCGCGCGAUUGAGUUGAAAAAGAGGUUUGAUGUGAAAAAGAUGUCGUCGAUAUCGACGUUGGAGUUUGCAUGGGAGCAUUUUCCGUGGGGCGGCACGUAUAACCACGGUAUGACAGAAGAGUUGAUGGACGAAAAAUAUUUCUCCUCUCGAGUUGCUCGAACGAAUAAACUCGAGUUGCUCAAGUGGGCGCGAGAGGAGAAAAAGUGUGAGUGGGAUAGAUGGACGAUUAAUUUGGCCGCAAGACAAGGCAAUCUGGAAAUGGUAAAGUAUUGCGUUGCAAAUGAGUGUCCUAUCGAUGAGUGGGCGUGUGCACAUGCUGCCUCAGAAGGUCAUCUCGAGUGCCUCAAAUACUUACGUGCCUUGGGCUUCGCUGGUUUUGGACUUCGCUCACACGAAUAA